CGCCAUGGGCAGAGGGGCCGGCCGGGAGUACUCGCCCGCUGCCACCACCUCCGAGAACGGGGGCGGCAAGAGGAAGCAGAAGGAGAAGGAGCUGGAUGAGCUGAAGAAGGAGGUCAACUUGGACGAUCACAGGCUGUCCCUGGAUGAGCUGGGCAGGAAGUACCAGGUGGACCUGUCCCGGGUGAGAUGUCCCCAUGUCCCACUCUCGAUGCCACCUCCAGCAUCCCACAUCCCUCCUGUCCCCAUGGAUGACACCCAGCUGUGCCCCCUGUCCCCUCCCAGCAUCCUGAAUCCCUCCUGCCCCCUCGUCAUCGUCACCGGCUGCUUUUCCUACUACCAAGAGGCCAAAAGCUCCAAGAUCAUGGACUCCUUCAAGAACAUGGUGCCCCAGCAAGCGCUGGUGAUCCGCGAGGGCGAGAAGAUACAGAUCAAUGCGGAGAACGUGGUGGUGGGCGACCUGGUGGAGGUGAAGGGGGGGGACCGGGUGCCCGCUGACAUGCGCAUCAUCUCCUCCCACGGCUGCAAGGUGGACAACUCGUCGCUGACGGGGGAGUCGGAGCCGCAGACCCGCUCGCCCGAGUUCACCCACGAGAACCCGCUGGAGACCCGCAACAUCUGCUUCUUCUCCACCAACUGCGUGGAAGGCACCGCCCGUGGCAUCGUCAUCUCCACGGGGGACCGGACAGUGAUGGGGCGCAUCGCCUCGCUGGCCUCGGGGCUGGAGGUGGGGCGCACGCCCAUCGCCAUGGAGAUCGAGCACUUCAUCCGCCUCAUCACCGGCGUCGCCGUCUUCCUCGGCCUCUCCUUCUUCAUCCUCUCUCUCAUCCUGGGCUACACCUGGCUGGAGGCCGUCAUCUUCCUCAUUGGCAUCAUCGUGGCCAACGUCCCCGAGGGGCUGCUGGCCACUGUCACGGUGUGCCUGACGCUGACGGCCAAGCGGAUGGCGCGCAAGAACUGCCUGGUGAAGAUCUUGGAGGCGGUGGAGACGCUGGGCUCCACCUCCACCAUCUGCUCCGACAAGACGGGGACCCUCACCCAGAACCGCAUGACCGUCGCCCACAUGUGGUUCGACAACCAGAUCCACGAGGCCGACACCACCGAGGACCAGUCGGGUGCCACCUUCGACAAGCGCUCGCCCACCUGGACGGCGCUGGCACGCAUCGCCGGGCUCUGCAACCGCGCUGUCUUCAAGCCAGGCCAGGAAAACAUCUCCAUUUCCAAGCGGGAGACGGCAGGCGAUGCCUCGGAGUCGGCGCUGCUGAAGUGCAUCCAGCUCUCCUGCGGCUCCGUCAAGAAGAUGCGGGACAAGAACCCCAAAGUCACCGAGAUCCCCUUCAACUCCACCAACAAGUACCAGCUCUCCAUCCACGAGCGGGAGGAGGACCCCCAGGGGUACCUGCUGGUGAUGAAGGGGGCCCCUGAGCGCAUCCUGGCCCGCUGCUCCCGCAUCCUGCUGCAGGGCCAGGAGGUGCCGCUGGACCAGGAGAUGCGGGAGGCCUUCCAGAAUGCCUACCUGGAGCUGGGGGGGCUGGGCGAGCGCGUCCUGGGUUUCUGCCACCUCUACCUGCCCCCGGACAAGUUCCCGCGCGGGUUCAGGUUCGACGCCGACGAGCUCCCCCCUGAGCAGGGGGUCACUCCUCUGUGUGUGUGUGUGUGCGUCCCCAAGGUGAUCAUGGUGACGGGGGACCACCCCAUCACGGCCAAGGCCAUUGCCAAGGGGGUGGGCAUCAUCUCGGAGGGCAACGAGACGGUGGAGGACAUCGCUGCCCGCCUCAACAUCCCCGUCAGCCAGGUCAACCCCCGGGAGGCGAAGGCCUGCGUGGUGCACGGCUCCGACCUGAAGGACAUGACCUCGGAGCAGCUGGACGAGAUCCUCAAGAACCACACCGAGAUCGUCUUCGCCCGCACGUCCCCCCAGCAGAAGCUCAUCAUCGUUGAGGGCUGCCAGCGCCAGGGUGCCAUUGUGGCGGUGACGGGGGACGGGGUGAACGACUCCCCGGCGCUGAAGAAGGCCGACAUCGGCAUCGCCAUGGGCAUCGCUGGCUCCGACGUCUCCAAGCAGGCGGCUGACAUGAUCCUCCUCGAUGACAACUUCGCCUCCCUCGUCGCCUACACCCUGACCAGCAACAUCCCCGAGAUCACCCCCUUCCUCCUCUUCAUCAUCGCCAACAUCCCCCUGCCCCUGGGCACCGUCACCAUCCUUUGCAUCGACCUGGGCACCGACAUGGUCCCCGCCAUAUCGCUGUACGAGGCGGCUGAGAGCGACAUCAUGAAGCGGCAGCCCAGAAACCCCCGGACCGACAAGCUGGUGAACGAGCGGCUCAUCAGCAUGGCCUACGGGCAGAUCGGUGAGGGGCAGGGGUGCGGGACCCCCCGGCUGGCGACGGGGGCAAUGGGUGGCACCCCAGGACCCACCGGUGACACCGGGUGCCCGCUAGACAUACCAGGGGACACCCCCCCCACACCUGGCACCAUGGCCACUGUGUGACACCAGGGCUCCCGGUGGCACCUCAGGACCCACUAGUGACCCCAGGGCACCCACUAGUGUCCCUUCCUACUGGCUUUAGGGGCACUGUGUGACAAAGAGGCACCUGCCUGUCACCCCAGGGCACCAAGUGACACCCCCAGGACCCACUAGUGACCCCAUAGCACCCACUUGAGAUAUGAAAGGCACCCCAGGACCCACUGGUGAUACCAAGUGGCGUCCCCCCAGCUGGCAUCCAGAGCCCGGUGUGACCCUGGGGCACCCACUGGUGAUAGUGGAGCACCCACCUGUGACCC